AUGGACAACUCUUUGGGAUCUUUAGAAGUUUAUUUUGCCGACUCUUUAGCAAAUUAUACCAGCCUUCUAAAUUGCAUAUCUAGGAAUCCAUCGAUUGAUACAAUUGCGGAAGAUCCACUUCUUUCCGAUGUUAUUGAUGGUAUUGAAAAAAAUAGUGAGGGGAGUUCCCUCCUGCUAUCGCAUAGCGGCUUUGAUCAUAGACUCUACGGUUCCAAUUUUGAAGAUAAUUUUUUACGACUCCCAUGGAAAUCAAUAAGAACGUUUGCAUAUAUCCAGUGGACAAAUGUGUUGGGUGAGCCCGAGCAGUCCUAUCCUAAGGAGCAAUCUCAUCCCGAGCCAGAACAGUUUUUUCUCGCGUCACAACAGGCCGAAGAAGUUUCAGAGGCUUCUAAGCGUCGAAUGGAUGAUUCUGGAGAAGCUAGACUUGGCAAAAAACCCGAUUUUCGGGUGAAAUAUCCAUUAGUUGCUGAUGAAGUGGAGAUAUGUCUCAUGGAGGCUUCGCGCGAUCUGACAAAAAGAUCCACGAUGACUGG